CCUCAUCCUUGAAAACUAUCGCAUUGCGGCGAAAUGCACAGAUCUGUCGCGAGGAGCGGAGUUCUGGAAGAAGGAAGAAGAAAAAACCAAUCUCUUCUCCGGGCGCAACAACAGCGGUCGGGGAAGAUCUGUGGGAGAAGACCCUUCUUCUCCUACAAAACCCAAGCAUAUAGAUGGGAGUUCGAUCUUGCGGAGGUGGUCAUUGGUGGAGCCGCUGUGUCGGGAGGUUUUCCUCUCUUUUGAUGGAGAUUGGAAUGGCGUGAAUGGUUUGGAGAAGAAGGGUGAAUUGUAGGGGCAAAGGACAGAGA